AUGGCAGCGGAUAAUGGCUCCGCGGGAGGCGUGAAAAAUUUUCGGCUGGCGAAACUGACAUUGAUCCAGUCUGCUGGAUCUUGGAAAGGAAGGACGCAGACGAAAGGGUCUGGAGUGGAGGAUGAGGAGGAGGUGCCGAUGGAAGAGGUGGUGAUAACCAAUACGAACGACAGAAAGAACCCAUCCGCGUCCGUUCAGAUGUACUAUAAUCUAACAAGUGCUGAGGACGAGGGCCUAAAGCCGAUAGAUGAAGUGUCCUACAUCGAUUUCAAUUCAUCGCCGUCGAUCGUCUCAAAGAGGCCGAACGUCUGCAACGACUGUGUUUGUGGAGUAGGCAGGAAAACAAGGAUCGUCGGUGGAAACAUGACGAGCGUUUACGAAUAUCCUUGGAUUGUUAGCAUGACUAAACAGGGCGCGUUUUACUGUGCCGGUAGUUUAAUCACUCGAAGGCACGUACUCACAGCAGCUCACUGUAUGGAAGGAUUCGACAAGAAAAACAUCAAGCUCGUUCUGGCAGACAGCGAUCGGCCACGUGUGGACAAAAAUUCUAUAACACGUCGUAUUAAAUCGGUCAUUAUGCACGAAGACUUCCACAAAUACACGUUCAACAACGAUAUCGCUAUCCUCGAGAUGGAUCGUCCGGUAGAUGUGAAUGGAAUUGUGCGAACUGCCUGUUUACCCGAAGACAAAGCCAUUGAUUAUACCGGAGCGACAGCUACAGUGGUUGGUUGGGGUCGAACUGGCGAGACUGAACCCGUGAGCGAUGAAUUACGGAAAGUUAACCUGCCAAUUUUGUCACAGGAGGAAUGUGAUCAAGCAGGAUAUCAGAAAAAUCGUAUCACUGAAAAUAUGUUCUGCGCUGGAUACCUAGAGGGUGAACUCGACGCUUGUUCUGGUGACAGCGGUGGUCCUCUUCACGUGAAAGGAACAUUCGGGCAUUUGGAAGUAAUAGGAAUUAUUUCAUGGGGUCGCGGUUGUGCAAGGCCAAAGUUCCCAGGAAUCUACACGAAGCUAACAAAUUAUCUUGGAUGGCUCAAAGAUCAUUUACACGACGAAUGCGUAUGCCCACCGCCACGUCGGUAUUAA